AAAUUAUUACGACACCGAAAAUAAAAAAAGCGUCUGCACAGCUAAAUUUGUUUGAAAACAUAGCCAAUUUGUUUGAAAACACUUAAAAAGAAUGCUAUGAAGCUUGUGGCAGGAACACAAACUAGAUCAACUGCAUUGCCUGAACAACUGUCAUUCAGACCAAUUAGUUGUUUUUAAUCAGAUACAUGUAACCAAUUAAUGUUUCUACAUGUGUGAGAGAAAAUAUGAUGUCAACCACUUAAAACUCCUUUAUAAAUAUUUUUGAUGUACUGUAUGAUGUUAAAGAAAAUUUGCAAAAUGACCCUAGCAGACAAUUAAAUAGGCUUUCAGUUAUGAAUCAAGCAUCAAAGAGACAACCCAAAUACAAUUUUGGUUUGUUAGAGACACCAAUAACAACAUCAGACAGUACUGUAGACCCAAGUACAACAUGCCAGACAAGCUGUAGUUCUGCUGCGGCAGGCACAAGCUAUAGCAAAACACCAUUAUCAUCUUGUCAAACCUCUGUGUAUAGCAGUAAUGUCAGUUCUCAUGUGUCAGGCGGGUCAAACUAUAGCUCAUCUUUUAAAUAUGCCAGACACAGUGAGGGUAACAUUAGUUCUAGUAGAACAAACAGAAGUUCUUUAUCAUUUUCAUCAUCGCUGACAACACCCAAUGUUGGUUCGUCUACAACAACAUCUUUCCUAGGAUCUUCUACAAGGACUCCGCGGGGCAUGUCAUCAUCAAGUAAAACACCAGGAUCUAGAAGAACUCCCUACACUGGUUCUAGUAUGACUCCGGCAGCAACACCAGCCAGAGUUGAUAGAUCAGCCCUUGUUGCAAUUGUUGAGGGCCGAGGACUAGCACGAGGGGAGAUAGGUAUGGCAACUCUAGAUUUGAAGAGACCUGAGCUAGUGCUGUCUCAGUUCUCUGACAUGUCAACUUAUGUAAAAACCAUCACAAAACUGCAGAUCAUUCACCCGUUAGAGAUUGUUUUACCUAGCACAGCUUGUGAGUCAGGAAGUAUGACAAAUCUGUCCAAGUUUAUCAGUGAUCAGUUUCAUCAUACAAGCAUUUCUACAGUUCAACGGAAAUAUUUCAAUGAAACAAAAGGAUUGAUGUAUGUAAAACAGCUGUGUGUACCAGAAUACAGCAGCGUGGAACUUGAAGUUUCCUCAAAAUAUUACUGUCUUGCAGCAGUGGCAGCUCUAAUGAAGUACCUUGAGUUUAUACAGAACACAAUAUAUGCUCCUGCGUCACUUAAGAUUGUCUUCAAGGGAAGUGAAAAUACAACUAUGAUUGAUGUUUCUACUGUGAGGAAUUUGGAGUUGUUACAGAAUCAGCGUGAUCCACACAGUGACCACACUCUCUAUGGUAUCCUCAACUAUACAAAAACUAUUGGUGGAGCUAGACUGCUGAGAUCUAAUAUCCUUCAACCACCUUCAGAUCAGGAUACUAUUACACUAAGACAGGAUGUUGUAGCAGAGUUGAUAGAGAAACCAGAGAUUUUCUACAAUCUACAAGCUGUAAUAAGCAGAUUUCUAGACAUUGAUCAUUUGUUGUCAUUAUGUGUACAAGUCCCAAAACAGGAGAAUGUUAAAAUAGCUGAAAAUAAGAUUACCAAUGUGAUGUACCUAAAGCAUACCUUGGAGUUAGUGACACCUCUCCGGGAAGCACUGGGCGAUUGUGAAAAUCCUCUUCUUAUGGCAUCUUAUAAGGUUUUGGAGGAUCCUAGAUUUGUUAUUAUGCUGGACAAAAUCAAUUGUGUGAUACAUGAAGAUACAAAAUAUCAGAAAGGAACACUCAAUAUGAGGUCACAAAAAUGUUUUGCUGUGAAGCCAAACAUGAAUGGGCUAUUAGAUAUAUCAAGAAUAACAUACACAGAAAUGGUUGAUGACAUAACAGAUCUAGUGAAUCAGAUGGCAGGUACACACAAUCUACCACUAAAAGUUGUAUACAGUACAUCACGAGGGUUUCAUAUACAGAUGUAUGGAGGGGGGACAGAGGGCUACACUGUUGACAAUUUACCAAGCACCUUCAUCAAAGUCACCAAGUUUAAGAACACUUUCAGUUUUACUACUACAGAUCUUAUAAAGAUGAAUGAUAGAGUAAAGGAGUCAUUGCAUGAGAUUUAUAUGAUGACAAGUGUAGUAUUAACAGAGUUACUGAACAACAUAAGAGAUGAUAUUGGAGCAUUAUACAAGCUGACAGAGACUGUUGCCACAGUUGAUAUGCUCCUCUCAUUUGCUCAUGCUUGUACACUAUCAGACUUUGUACGGCCAGAAUUUACAGAUACAUUUGCUGUCAAACAGAGCAGGCAUCCUAUAUUGGAGAAGAUAUCAAUAGAACAUCCAGUGCCAAAUAAUAUUUAUGCAUCAGAGGACAGCAAUUUUGUGGUCAUUACAGGUCCAAAUAUGAGUGGAAAGUCUACAUACCUACGUCAGAUUGCCCUGCUACAAAUUAUGGCACAGAUAGGAUCAUUUGUACCAGCAGAAUAUGCUUCAUUUAGAAUAGCAAAUCAGAUCUUCUCUAGAAUUGGUAGUGAUGAUGAUCUAGAAACUAACUCCUCAACAUUCAUGCUAGAGAUGAGGGAAAUAAAUUACAUUAUUCAAACAGUCUCUGACAACUCACUUAUUAUCAUAGAUGAGCUAGGAAGAGGAACAAGUGUAGAAGAAGGUGUGGGUUUAUGUUUCUCUAUCUGUGAACAUCUUAUCAAUACAAAGGCUUUCACGUUCUUUGUGACACAUUUCCGAGACUUGACAUUGCUGGACAGUUUAUAUCCAAAUGUUGAAAACUAUUGUUUUGAGAUACACAGAAGUUUUAGUACUGAGGCAAAUUGUGAGAAAGUAACAUACACCCAUAUAUUGUCCAAAGGAAAGACAGAAGAAAAACAUUAUGGAAUACAGUUAGCUGAAAUUUCAACACUUCCUCCCUCUGUGGUUGAAUAUGCCAAACAAUUGGCAGUAAAGAUAGAAGAGGAAAAAAAGAAUAGUGAGAAACAAGAUAAAGAGUUAUCACGACAGAGAGCAGUAUUUAAACUGGCCACUAGACUUGUACAGGCAGCUAGAAGUUCUCGGCUAGAUGAAGAUAGUCUUAAACAAUAUGUCACCUCUCUCAGGAAAAAAUAUGACGAGGAAGUACUCAGCCUCGAGGAGUAAUGCUUGAAAUAUUAUUUUAGAAUUUAGAAAAUUGUACUUCAAAACCAAAACUUGUUGAUGAUCUUAUUAACAUUUAUUGUGGAAUCGUUUCAGUAUUUAAUAAUAUUAUGCUUGAUUAAAUAGGUGUAAAACUGGUUGUCUUCAACUGUUUAGAUAUUUUCUUACCAAGUACAUUGAGCUGGCUGCUUGUUCAACAUGUUGUGACUCAUCAAAGGGAGCUGUCUUAGAUUAAACAUUUAUGUUGAUGAUUGUUUUAGAUUUAUACGUUCUUUACCAUUUUGUUUUAAAGCUGUCUUUAUAUUGCCUUUGAACUUGAUACAUUUGUAUUAUUGUCUCAUGGUAAUAAAUAAUGUUUUUGAAUGUAAUAAUUAUUAAUUACAUAUACCGGGGCUUUUGCACGAAAAAUGCUUUAUUUAUUUUGUUUUUUCCCUCUCAUUGCCUGUAAUUUUAAUUUGAACCUGACAUUAUGAGACAGAAAAAAGAAUAAUUAAGUAACCUUUCAGAUGAAAUUGAUAACAUAUAACUGGCAAUGCGGUUAUUAGCAAAAUUAUUUUAUAACAAAGAUUGAUAUUGUUUGACAAGAACAAUUGUAUCUCAAAGUCUUUGGUGUCCUGAAAGAUGAACUUCUGGAGAAUAACUUUCUGUUAACAUUCGUUAGAUAUUGAUAUCUGAGGUAAAAGCAAAUUUUACAACAAUCAUUGUCAUUUAAAUAGGUAUGAGGCACCAAUUUAUAUGUUUGUUGUUCAUUUUAACCUAAUUUGUCGAAUAUGAGUUAGUAAGAAUAUAUAUAGAUGUUAUUUUUUUCAUGCGUAAGAUCAAAAUAUAUUUCACAAAGUAGCUUAGACACGGGUGAAAAAAUAAUAGCUGAUGUGUUACCAGUGAAAUAUGUUCUAAAGGAUAUUUGUUCUGAAAAGAUAGUAAUGCCAUAUAAGAUUAUCAGAUUUCUUUAUUUAUUACUUUUAAAAGCAUGUUCAUACA